CCUCUCUCUCUCCCCCUCUCUCCCCCUUCAGCACCUCUUCCCUACGCUUGCCCAUCUACAUGCCGUUGGUGCCCUCAGGCACACAUACCCUCCCGCCCCUCGUGCUCGCCCCCCCUCCAAGCCCGCUCAUGGCAUGACCCGACUGCCGCUGUACCAGGCGGAUAAUGGCCGGCGAGUGGGCACCACCUCGGCGGCGCCCUCGCCAACCGGAGCAGCCAAGGCCGGUGGGGGGUUCUUCGCGCGAGCGCGGGCCCCUCGGCGCCGGGGCGGCCUGGUGCUUGUGCUCCUGGCGGCCGGGGCCGGGCUGGCCAUCGGCCUGGUGAUGGGGCUGCUGGCCGGCCGAGCCCCCGGGCCCCGGGCUCUUGAGGGGCACCUGCUCCAGGCCAUGGCGCGCGGCCCGGGCCACGUGCGCCAGGCGGCCCGGCUUGGCCUGGAGCAGGUGGCCCUGGCGCACAAGGCCCUGGAGGAGGAUCUGCCACCGGGGGCCGGGGAUGCGCUGCUGGCCGCGGCCGUGGCCCUGCAACAGCAGCAGCCGAAGCAGCGACAUGCGCAGCCAUAUGACCCGGCUGCCCGGGCCUUCCCGCUGCUGGCAUGGCAGCGGGGGGCAGUGGCAGCGGUGGCGGCCGGCCAUGCCGGCCCGGCCACGCACCUGGUCAUGGUCCCCUGCCUGGGCAUUUGGCUGGGGUCGCCGGAUGUGCUGGACUCGGCGGCGGCCGCGCGCGAGGCCCUCCUCCAGCCGGGGCUUUGGGACUUGGGCAGCCUGCCGGGGCACAUCCAACCGGCGGCCUAUGUGGCGGCCAUAGUCGGGCACAUUGGCCGGGCGCUGGACCAGGCCGCGGCCGAUCCCGAGGCGGUGGUCAUCUUCAGCGGCUCGGCCACCCGGCCGGCCGGUGGCCCGGGCGGGGCGGCCAUCCGGUCCGAGGGGGCGUCCUACUGGCUGGCGGCCAGCACGCUGCUGCGAUUUGGCCUGGCCGGCACCGAGGCGCCGGCCAAGCAGGCCGGCACCGGGGGGGCCGCUGGCGUCCGGCUGCCGGUCCUGCGGCGGCUGACCACCGAGGAGUUCGCGCGCGACUCGCUGGAGAACCUCCUCUUCUCGGUGGCCCGGUUCCGUGCCUUCACCAUGCAGUAUCCGGCUCGGGUGACGGUGGUCGGCUUGCAAUUGAAGCGGCGGCGCUUUGUGGGCCAGCACCGCCGGGCCAUGCGCUGGCCGCGCGCCGGCUUCCACUACAUCGGCCUGGAUGCCGUGGCCACCGGGCCCGGCCAGGACGACCGCUUCGAGGAGCACUUCGCCCGGGCCCCCUUCGCUCGGGACCCCUAUGGCUGCGGGGCGGACACGCUUCACGCCGCUCGGCGGCUGGCGGAGGGUCGGUCCGCCGGGCCGCCGGGGCUGGUGCCGGUGGCCAUUGACCAUAUGGCUGCGCGAUCGAGCACCGCUGCCGCUGUCGCCGCGGCCGCCGGGCCAGCCGACCUGGCGGCCACCACCGACGGACCGGCGUCCGCCGGCGCCCUGCCGUGCGAGGAAACGGGCCUCCCUCCGCUGGCGCCGGGAUCCCUGCUGCGCAAGCGCCUGCAGCGGGACCCGCACCGGCGCGCGGUGGCCGGCAUCGGGGGGUACAUGGCCGCCGCGCCGGAGAUGGCGGAUCUGCUGGCGCACUGCGACACGGGGCUCUUCACCGGGGUGCUGCCAUGGGCCCGGCGCGCGCGGCCGGUGCCCUAGCAUGAGCCACUUGGCGUGCUCCUCGCCGCCGGGCCCCCAUGUUCUCCCGGCUGGGGCCCCUUCCGGCCCGGGGAAAUGCAUCAGAUCCGGGCAACA